AUGCGUGAUGGUGCCACCUGUGAUCUUCCUGCUCAUGGUUGGGGUUCUCACGAUUCUGAUGAUUCUGAAUUUCGUACUGAUAUUCUUUUUUAUGAUCGUGGUGGUGGUCGUGAUCAUGAUCAUUUGUGUCUGUGUGAUAUUCAUUAACCCUUUGGCUCCCGGCUUUUUUUUGCGAAAAUCAAAGUUUGUAAAAGUAACUUUUGAAUGUGAUUUUUAUUUUUUCACAAAGAAACUACAUUCCUGUUUUAAAAAAAACGCUAAUAGUCCAUCUUUGUAUGAUAGUUUUUGAAGCAAUCAACAAUACAUAGAGGUACAUUACAGUCAGGACACAUAUAUUGUGUAUCGCGUCGAAUAUCAAGAGAAGAGCAAACUGCGCAUCUUCGUCGAGGUUUUUCUGCUUGUUGUGAUGUUUGUGGGAUCAACGAUGGAAAAUGUCUAGCAGUCAAACGGAGAGGAGAUGGUCUUAUUGAUGGUCUUCCAAUGGUAGUCGGCCUUUGUGAUCCGAACUUUGUCAAAAGUUCUCUGACGAUGUCGAGCCGAAAAUCAGAUAAGUGGAGCGAAAUAUUAUUCUGCAUUUUAUAAAUUACAAAUGCAUUAUAUAUUGCCAUAUCUAACAAAUGGAAAAAAAGUUUCUUGUACCAUUUUAUUGAUUUUCUUAUACAUUCGGAAAAUGAAAUUUGCAUAUCGACAUGAUCAACGGCACCCAUGUUUUUAGUAUAUUCAAGAAUACAGACAGGUUUGCGAAUCACUUCUCCAGUUUGCCCGUCUAUUUUGUUUGUAUUCGUAUAUGAUGGUGAAUGAAUUGUUGAAAGCAUAUGAACUUCUCUUUUGUCCUUCCAUUUUAGUGCAAGUAAAACAUUUGUAUGAGAAUAUUGACUUUCGCCUCUUUUCGCUUUAGUUGCUAGAGAUGGUAAUCCUUGUCUAUUUUUACGAACAGUGCCACAUGCACCAGUUUUAUUUCGAUGUAAGAGCUCAAAAAGUGCUGGGCUUGUGUACCAAUUGUCGACGUAUAAAUGGUGCCCUUGAUUCAAAUAAUGUUGCAUUAGUUUCAUUACAAUUGAUCCACUCAAUCCAAGUCCAGAUGUAAUUUGAUACUCUGUAUUUGCUCCUGUGUAAAUGAUGAAGUCGAGGAUAAAUUUAGUUUCACAAUCGACGAGCUCAAAUAGUUUGAUUCCAAAUCGAUGAUGUUUAGAUGGAAUAUAUUGUUUGAAUCCAACUCUUCCUUUCCAUAGCAUGAGACUUUCAUCAAUGCAGAGAUUUUGUGUUGGAUUGAUACAAUUUGAAAAAUUCUCUUUGAAUGAGUAGCUGCCUAAUUCGACUUAUAAUAUAAAUGCACAAUAUAUAUAAAAAUCUAUUCCUAGGAAUAGAUUUAGUUCUAGUCAUAGUUGUAUAGACAUACAUAGAUAUCCAUGUUAUUCAUAGGAAUAGAUUUAGUUUCAGAUUA